UCGGCAGCGCCGCUUUCUUUUUCAAUGAGUUUUCCCGAUCCGUAAUUUCCAUUGAAUUCAAGUGAAAAUCAAUCAAAAUCAAUGAAUUUAGCAACCGAAAAGAGAAUAUUAUAGCAUAGACAAAGCGCCCGCAUUGAAGACGUUGCCAGAUUUGGGAAUUGAGGCCAUCCAUUCGCUGACAUCAUUUUAGGGCCCCCAAUCAAGAUGAUUCACGUAGGCGACAAUUCAUGGAAUCUAAGGAUUUUCAUCACCGAUUUGUCCUUGGAGCGGCAAAUGCGUGUGCGUGGCGACCAGCAUUUGGGUGCCAUAAUGCUGCAGCUGGUCGAUCCGGAGAAUCCGAAAGAUUGGUCAGAUCAUGCUCUGUGGUGGCCAGCAAGGAACAUUUGGUUAACCCGCACGCGUCUCACCCUAGAUCAGUAUGGCGUCCAGGCGGAUAGUUUGCUUCAUUUCACUCCGAUGCAUAAGAUUUUGCGCGUCCAGUUGCCAGAUUUGCGCUAUUUGGACUGCCGUGUGGACUAUUCGUUGAAGACUUUCGGCGCAGUGGUCAAUCUUUGCAAGCAAUUGGAUAUACGUUAUCCCGAGGAGUUGUCUUUGAGCAAACCCUUGGAAGCGGACCAUCUUAAGAGGAACUUUGCCCAGGAGCAUCAGCAGCAAAAACGUGGCGUCAAUGUGGAACCGGCAGCGGAUACCAACUCGUUUGUGCCCAUCAUUGCAGCUUCUGAUCAUCAGCAUCAGCAUCAUGGUGGAGUAGCGGAUGGUGGCAGUUCUGGAAGUUUGGAUAAGCCCUCGUCACCAGGCAUGUUCUUUUGUGCUCCUUUGUCGCCGCACGAGCAGCGCAGUCAACGUCAACGUCAACGUUCGCCGCUGACUUCCUCCUCGCCGUCGCCCGGCACCUGGCAGCCUAGCAAUUUGGGUUAUGCCACCUACGAUUCGUCGUCUUCGAGUCUGGGAGAUUUUCAAGAGAAUCUGGCGUGCUCACCUGCAACUCCUAGCAGAGAGGUUAGAGAGCGACUUCUGAGACCCAAAUCGCUGGAGGAGAAAGCCCGCCUGAAUGUGGGCUGGUUGGAUUCAUCUUUGUCCCUCAUGGAGCAGGGCAUUAGGGAGUAUGAUACGCUUCUGUUACGUUUCAAAUACUUUACCUUUUUCGAUCUGAAUCCCAAAUACGACCAGGUGCGAAUCAAUCAAUUGUACGAGCAGGCCAAGUGGUCCAUAUUGAAUGAACAACUCGACUGCACCGAGGAGGAGUCUCUGAUGUUUGCUGCCUUGCAAUAUCAGGUGAAUCACUAUCAUCACAUUGACACCAUCGAUUCGGGCAUUGAGGAGACAUCGAGUCAAGAGAACGACGAUGACGAGAUCGAUUCAGCCCUCAAGGAGCUAGAGAUCACUUUGGAAGGCUCUGAUCACUUGAGGAAAACAGCCAAUAUAACCCAUAUUCCGGAAUUGGCUGAUUAUCUGCUCUAUCUAAAGCCGCAGAGAUUCACGUGGAGGGGCUUCAAACGCUAUUAUUUCACCUAUAAGGAUCUGCACUUGCUCCUCUACAAGAACGCGGAGGAAUCGCGCCUGAAUCGUGGCAAUCCCUCGUUAAAGAUCAAUCUGCUGGGCUGUGAGAUCAAGACGGAAGUGAAUCAGGCCCAGCACAAGUAUGCCAUACGGUUGGAGGUCGAUCCCGAACAGGGCAACAACAAGUCCAAUAGUGAGUUGUGGAUAAAAUGCGACAACGAUUUGCAAUAUGCCAAAUGGUUGGCCGCCUGUCGUCUGGCGUCGAAGGGUCGCUCCCUAGCCGAUAGCUCCUAUGAGAGUGAAAUCGAUCAGAUUCUUUCGCUAUUGCAAAUUCAAAAACCUUUGCCCGGUAUACCAGUCGAUAUCGAUCCGAUUUCUGUCGAUCCACUGGACUAUCUGUCGCCCAAAAUGCUUCGCAAAUUGUCCAACAAGUCGGUUCAGCGCAUUCUCGAGGCCCAAGCCAAUGUUCGCGAGUUGACAGCGAUUGAAUCAAAAAUGAAAUACAUUCAAGCCUGGCAAUCGUUGCCCGAUUUCGGGGUCACCCUGUUUAUCAUUAAAUUUGAUGGUCAUCGGCGGGAGGAACUCCUCGGUGUGGCUCACAAUCGCAUCAUGCGCAUGGAUCUCCAUAGCGGGGAUCAUUUGAAGACUUGGCGUUACGAUUCCAUGAAAGCAUGGAAUGUCAAUUGGAAUAUCAAAUGCAUGAUGAUUCAAUUUCAGAACGAGAAUUUAGUGUUUUCUUGCCAUUCGGCCGAUUGCAAGGUGGUACAUGAGUUUAUUGGCGGCUACAUAUUCAUGUCAAUGCGUUCAAAGGAUAACAAUCAGACAUUGAAUGAUGAACUUUUCCACAAAUUGACCGGUGGAUGGUCUUAGGACGGACGACAACUUCUGCCAAUCCUGUAACUUGUUGAUCCUUUCUCUAUAUUUACUUAACUUAUUUGUUGACCAGUGGCAACCCUACUGCCCUAACCUAAAAAUCGACUCACCACAUUAAUGCAAUUAGCCCCCCCUCUACUUAUUAUUACUAUUAUUAUUAUUAUUUUUUUUUUGUGUAAACUAAUCUUGUUAAUCUUGACUAGCCAAAGGUGAAAAUGCCUUACUAACUUUUAAGUAUCAAUAAAAAUAAUUAAACCCAA